UAAUUUCGCAGUGGCUGCCCUCGCAGCACCACACUGACACACACCCACGUUUCUCCCUUCUUUACUCCAACAAAUUAAAAAAAAGAAAAAAGAAAAAACUAAAAAAAAAUGGAACCUAAUGACAACCAACUCAGCUCCUACUUCCACCAACAACAACAACAGCACCACCACCAGCAACAGCAUCACCACCAGCAGCACCACCAGAGCGCCGCCGCGCCCUCCGGCGUGGGAGCCACGACGGCCGUGUCGCCGACCAACGGCCUUUUAGGGAACACCGAUGGGGCCCACUCGCACAUGUUGUACCCUCACACGGUGCCGUCGGCGGUGUCGUCGCAGCUGGUGGAGCCACCGGCGAAGAGGAAGAGAGGUCGGCCUCGCAAGUACGGUACUCCCGAGCAAGCCCUCGCUGCGAAGAAAGCCUCUACGACGUCAUCUUCCGCCGCUCACUCCUUCUCCCCAACCUCCUCCUCCUCCGCCGCAAAGAAAUCCCUUCCUCACCAGCCUCGUGCCUUGGGUGGUUCCUCGUUUCCUUCCUCCUCUUCCAAGAAAUCGCACUCCUUUGGUUUAGGCAAUGCAGGACAAGGCUUCACUCCGCAUGUCAUUGCUGUAGCUGCUGGUGAGGAUGUUGGCCAAAAAAUUAUGUUAUUUAUGCAACAAAGUAAGCGUGAGAUGUGCAUUUUGUCUGCAUCUGGUUCCAUAUGCAAUGCCUCUCUUCGUCAGCCAGCAACCUCAGGAGGCAACGUUACAUAUGAGGGUCGGUUUGAUAUUAUUUCUCUUACUGGUUCCUAUGUUCGUAAUGAACUUGGAAAUCGAUCUGGUGGUCUGAGUGUAUGCUUAUCUAAUACUGAUGGGCAAAUAAUUGGUGGUGGAGUUGGUGGACCCCUUAAAGCGGCUGGUCCAGUUCAGGUUAUUGUUGGUACAUUUUUUGUUGACUCCAAGAAGGAUAGUGGUCCUGGUGCAAAAGGUGAUGCCUCUGCUUGUAAGUUGCCAUCACCAGUUGGUGACUCGGUAUCAAGCUUAGGUUACCGCCCAGUUGACUCUACUAGUGGAAAUCCAAUCCGGGGAAAUGAAGAGCAUCAAACUAUGGGGGGAAGUCAUUACAUGAUUCAACAGCUUGGUUUGCACAUGACACCUCCCCGGUCAACAGACUGGGGAAGCCAUCCGGAAUCAAGAAAUUCCGGCUAUGAGAUGACAGGAAGAACAGGUCCGGGGGCCCACCAAUCUCCAGAGAACGGGGGCUAUGACCAGAUCACUGAUUGAGAUGACACAUGGAUUUAGAAGCGCCGAUGUAUGAUAUCUCUACAUAUACCAGCACAUGUUGUCAAGUGGUGCCAUUUAUAGUAUUUGCCAUCAUCCACUGAGGACCGUGGCUUCUGAGAAAUAAUACUCAACUCAGCUCAUGCUUUGUCCUUAAUAUGUUCUACCAUGGUGGUGAUGAUGUAUUUAAAAAUGAAAAUCAGGGUUGCUGGCUAAUACCUACCUCUUCAAUUUUUGCGGGCCUGUUAGCUUUUGCUACACCAGAACAAAUAAGGUUAGAUAUGUGCUGCUUCUUAGAUUAGUUUCUUUGCUAUACUUUCAUUCCAAUUGCAAUCUUGCAUGUUGUUCAAAAUUCUGUUCGAGCAUAUAUUAUUGUUGUUAUUAUUAUUAUUAUUAUUGUAGUUCAUCAUUGAAUAAGCCUUUUUGGAAAGUAAUGAGUCCUCUUUUUCCC